AUGGUCCUCGCAGACUUGGGUCGAAAACUCAAUGCAGCCUUCUCCUCUCUCAAUAGGGCACCUGUCGUCGACGACAAGGUGCUUGAGGCACUACUUAAGGAAGUCUGUGCUGCAUUGCUCGAGUCCGACGUGAACGUCAAACUUGUUGCCUCGCUACGUCAAAAAGUCAAGGCAAAAGUUAAGGCAUCCAUCGAGGGCGGUGCGGACAAAGGAAAGGAAGCAAAUCGCAAGAAUGUCGUGCAGAAGGCGAUCUUCGACGAGCUUGUACAACUAGUCGACCCUGGAGUUGAGCCAUACAAACCAAAGAAGGGGCAGUCAAAUAUCAUCAUGGCCGUCGGGUUACAGGGUAAUGGUAAAACCACCACAUGUACAAAACUUGCUGUCUACUACCAGAAGCGUGGCUUCAAGUCAUGUAUAGUCUGUGCAGACACUUUCCGUGCAGGAGCCUUCGAUCAGACCCGCCAAUCCGCCACUAAAGCCAAGGUUGCCUACUUCGGUUCAUACACCGAGACAGACCCCGUCGCCAUCGCUGCACAGGGUGUCGCCAAGUUUAAGAAGGAACGAUUCGAUGUCAUUAUCGUCGAUACCUCCGGUCGGCACAAGCAGGAGUCGGAGCUGUUCGAGGAGAUGGUCCAGAUUGGCGAGGCUGUCAAGCCCAACAUGACCGUUCUUAUCCUGGACGCGAGCAUCGGCCAGGCGGCCGAGGCUCAGAGUCGCGCUUUCAAGGAGAGCGCCGACUUCGGAGCGAUCAUUGUCACUAAGAUGGAUGGUCAUGCAAAGGGUGGAGGCGCUAUUUCUGCUGUCGCAGCGACCAAGACACCCAUCAUCUUCCUUGGUGUCGGCGAACACCUCCAAGAUCUGGAGAGGUUCUCGCCCCAACCCUUUAUUUCGAAAUUGCUUGGACUUGGCGAUGUCCAAGGGCUCAUGGAGCAUAUGCAAGACAUUGCAGCACAAAACCCAGACAAGCAGAAAGAGAUGGCGAAGAAACUCGAAGAAGGUAAGCUCAGCAUCCGGGAUUGGCGCGAGCAAAUCCAGAAUGUCAUGAACAUGGGCCCUAUAUCCAAGAUCGCAUCUAUGAUUCCUGGCCUGCCGCAGGACCUUCUGCAGGGCACAGACGAGGAGGGCUCCAUGCGCAUGAAGCGUAUGAUCUACAUCACCGACAGUAUGACCUCCGCGGAGCUUGACUCGGACGGCAGCCCUUUCAUGGAGCUCGGCAAGGAUGGCAAGCCCGUCGGACUCACCUGGCGUGUUACCCGCGUCGCACGGGGUUCUGGCACAUCCGUGCGCGAGGUCGAGGAGCUUCUCUGCCAAUACCGCAUGAUGGCGAAUAUGGCGAAGCAGGCAGGUGGCAAGAACGGCUGGCUCCAAGCGAUUCAGAAGAUGCAGACUGCAGCGGGCGGACGUGGGCGUGGCGCAAAUGGCAUGCCGACGCCUGCGCAAAUACAGGCUAUGCAGCGCGCUAUGCCUCCUGGUAUGCUCCAACAGCUGCAGCGUCAGAUGCGUGGAGGUGGUGGUAUGCAGGAGAUGAUGAAGGCCAUGAUGCAAGGCCAAGGCGGCGAUCAGUUCGACAUGGAAGAGAUGCAGCGAAUGAUGUCGCAAAUGGGGAACGGCCUGGGAGGCUUAGGUGGGCUGAGUGGUUUGGGAGGUGGAGGUGGAGGGAUGCCGAACAUGGCCGACAUGUUCAAGAUGAUGGGAAUGGGUCGUUGAUCUCGCGAAAGGAGUGCUGGUCUUGCAUAGAAACUGUUGUAUCGUAUUCACCCUUCGCCUCCCGGAUACGUUAUUACCUUAUCCUUCACUC